AAGCCAUAUAUCACUUUCUUCGUACUUUUGGUAGUUUUAGUGGCGAUUAUAUUAUUUAUUAAUCUCAAACUGGUCACAGUUGUCAAGACUAGAUAUUAUAUCAAGGCGAGUGACCCUUCAAAUGAAUUGGAAGAGAAGCCGGAAAACCAGACGUCAAGAAAGGAACUGAUGAAACUCGCAGGUCUGAAUCAACAUGUCUGGUACUUGAAAGCAAAGAGCAUCGACUUUCUUUGUAAUAUUCCAUUAUUUCCUAACGCACCUGACMAAAAAAUCACCUUAAAAWGUUUGAACUUUUCAUCGAAAAGUGAAAACCAAUAUGUACAAAGAGYGUUUGGAUUUCUGCUGCCUUMUAGAUCUGGAAAUUAYAAGUUUGGCAUCUCUUCCUUAGAGCCCUCAGAAUUGUGGCUCAGUUUUGACGACCAAGUCGAAAAUGCUAAGCUUAUUGCUGAUGCUGGAGAAAAAAAAAAGCCCAGAAAAGAAAAUCAGAAUCCAGGUCCAAUCUCAGAGGAAAUUGAACUUCGUUCAGGAAAGAAGUACUUUAUCGAAGUAUUGCAUAUUGGACAGAGGAAAGGGAGUUAUUUAUCAGUAAAAUUGAAAUCACCAGGAAAUGAAGCAUUUCUCAACAUUGAAAAAGAAGUUCUUUUACCUUUCUUCCAAAAUGACUUUGAUCUUAAAAAUGCAUUCUACGAUAUUGAAAUCCCUUCUGUUGCUUCAUGUGUGAACUCUACAAAAGAAAAUCCCUUCCUUUUGGAGAAACAUACUUCAUACUCAAGCCAUGAAAUAUUUGCUGGAAUUCUACCUAAUUGUGACCUUCCAAAUCCUAGCGAGUCUCGGAAAUUAGAAAGAAAGACAAUUAAACUUCAACGACAUCAUUCAAUACACAGGAAGUAUUACACUAGUAUUUUUGUCUACCCUUACGAUAUGGUGAACAGGGUUGGUAGUAACAGUGAUUAUAAGACCAGACCCCUUCCCGCGUGGAAUCAUGACAACAUGCUGAACAAGACCAGUGCGACGAACAUCGUGGAACUUCUUUUGAAUAGGACAAGAAAAAGGUUAAGAAACGAUCUCACCUUAAAGACAAUCGUCAAUGUCGAAAAGUCGAAUUAUUUCAACGGGAGUCGAUUCCUCGUAGAAAUCGACUUAUCGACUCCAUCAAACGACAUCAUCCACGUCUCCGAGCACAUCUAUCACGACAACCACACUGUUUGCUUCUUGGCUCCAUGGAAACGAGAAGUGAUUGUUACGUUUGUUAUAACUGCUAAAAACCAAGGGAAAUGGAUUCACGUUUUUCUGGACGGUAUGGUGUCCAUGAUAAAACGAACACAGGACCAAAAUAUCAGAGCAGUUAUCUUUGACUAUGAAAGCAAUGACACUGAUCUGUCAGUAGCAGUUGCUUGGCGUGGUCUUGAAGAUAAAGUGAAGGUCGUAAGCAAGAAUGGAAGAUAUUCUCGGAGGGAAUCUUUUAAUUUAGCAGUUCAGCAAGUUACAGAUCCACACAGUAUCGUGUUCCUGAUGGACUUGCAUCUAACCAUUGGUGCUGGAUUGGUUAAUAAUAUUAGAAAGCAUACUAUUGAAGGUGAAUUUAUCUACACCCCAGCAAUCAUCCGACAAUGGAAAGACACAACACCUCACAACCCAAGACGCAACAAAGAGUAUGGCUACUACGAWUUCUACGGCUACGGGCUUAUGGGAAUCUACAAGUCAGACUGGGAUCGCGUAGGGGGAUUCCCCGAUGGGCCCAAAUAUGGUUGGGGAGGGGAGGACUAUGAUCUUAUGGAUAAUGUGUUUAAGCAAGGCUUGGAUUACGUUAGAAUCAAAUGCCCGUAUGUUUAUCAUUAUAAUCAUGACAAGAAAGGCUUGUGGACGAAAAGAUGACAAACGAACGACCGACCUGAUUUUACUUGUUCAUUGCUGGUUAUCAAUCAUAUUGUUUUAAAUUCGAAUUGUUAAGAGCUUUAAUGCUCAAUGUAAGUUAUCUUAAGUAUCGAUUAUUCAAAUGUUCACAUCAAUGUUUCUUUCUUUUUUUAAUGCUCAUCUUGGAACUAAUAAUAAAACGAAAUUUCA